CUGGCAUAUAAACAAUUCGUGCACGCAAAAGUUUGUGUCGACACGCGACAAAGUUUAUAUACUUGUUGUCAUUGAUGGUGUUUUACUUAGAUCUUAAGACGCAAGACAGUAUGGUUGUGGCUCGAGGUGUUACCCGUGUUGAAAAGUCCCGACAGAUGAGGGAAGGCGGUGGAUUUCUCGUUCGAAGACCUGUCGGAGAUCGCAUCGAUCAUUGUGAUCCGUUCCUUAUGUUGGAUCAUUUAGGACCGGUGGUUUAUGGACCAGGAGAGGCUGUAGGAGCGCCUGAUCAUCCUCAUCGUGGAUUUGAAACCGUUACUUAUCUCAUUGACGGAGAGAUGAAACACCAGGACAGUGCUGGAAAUAAUGGUGUUUUAAAAGAAGGCUGGGUUCAGUGGAUGACAGCAGGAUCUGGUGUUGUCCACAGUGAAAUGCCAUCUGAUGAAUUUCUAAAGAGAGGUGGGAGAUCAGAAGGCUUUCAACUCUGGGUAAACUUGCCUGCAAAAGAGAAGAUGAUCAAACCAAGGUACCAGGACACUGAUGCUAAGAAAAUUCCAGUGGUUAGCAGUCCAGAUGGGAAAACCAAGGUGAAAGUUAUAGCAGGAGAAAGCUUGGGAGCCAAAGCUGUUAUAGACACACGAACACCAAUCAUGUUCCUGGACAUUCAUAUACAGGCUGGUGGAUCAUUUGUUCAGGACGUUCCUGAGCAAUUUGAUGGAUUUGCUUAUGUUUGGAGAGGAGCUGGUUCAUUCACUGAUGAAAGAGUCUCUGUGGAGAUGGGAAUGGUGGGUGUGCUUGGAAAAGGAAACACUUUUCAGAUAAAUGCAAGUCCCAAUGAAGACAUUCAUGUGCUCUUGAUUGCAGGGGUACCAAUAAAUGAACCAAUUUCCAGGCAUGGACCAUUUGUUAUGAACAAAUGGGAGGAGAUAGAGCAAGCUUUUAGGGAUUAUCAAUCUGGCAAACUUGGUUCCAUCGAGGGAUCUGAAGAACGUUAUGCCAAGACACAGAAUGCAGUCAGUAAACAGAAACAGACAGGAACAUGGAAGAAAAAAUAAAUUUACAUCUGUAGUUCACUUUGACUGAAAAUGAAGAGUGCAAUUUUUCUGAAGUAGUACAUCAAAGAUGCCAUCGGAUUUUUUCAUCUUGAAAAUUAAGUUUUAAUUUUUUCAACUUCAUCAAUUAUAGUCCUUUUAAAUCUGUGAUAAAAAUUUUUCAACACAUGUUUAAAGUUAGCACCUUUAACCAAAUACCACUCUUCCCCUACUCUGUUUGUUCAAUUUUACCCUUGAAGACAUUUGGUAAAACUCCUUUGAGGAUAUAUAUAUAUAUUGUCCCUCAAGGCUUAUGGAUUUGGUUCCAUCUCUCUGACGAAGACAUUCACAUUGUGUUAUAAGUUAAGUUCUCUAAAUGUUUAUUGCUACAAAAAGUCAAUUUGAGGAUAUCAAAGUUGUAAUAUUUUUCUUGAUCUUCUGUUGGUUGUUAUAAAGUUAUUAAGGAAUAUUUAUAUUUCAUCAGUUUUUUACUGGGUACAAAAAUCGCAUUUUAAAACACUGUAAUCCCUCCACCUAACUUGCCACUCUUUUGAGCAAUAUAAUUUAUCUAACCCCAUUUCCAUAUCAACAGGCCCUCUAGUCUUCUGUUUGGAAACAAAAAAUUAAUCCCAAUUGGAAUAAGUUGAGAGACUUGAUCAGCUACAAUCAGUCAGUGAUGUCACUUUGACAAUACAAUUAUAAGAAGUUGUUUUUACAGGUAUGAGAUCAAGUAUGAUUUAAUUUGGCUUGGGGUUCUGUUGAAGAAAUUUUUCCUUAACAUUUUUGUAUGUUUAUCACGGCUAUGGUAUUGGCCUAGUUUUCUUGUAUGCAAAUAAAAAGUGUAAAAACUCUGA